GAUCAAUAAUUCUCAACUCACUAAAUUUUCCCGAGAAAAAGGAAGCAAGAAAAAUCAUGGGAAAACGCCUGAAAAUCUGCUGUGCAGUCUCAGCAAUUUUCUUGAUCAUUAUCUUAGUAACACUACUUGUCUUGUUCUUCACCGUCUUUAAAUCCAAAGAACCCAUAAUCAGCCCUCUUCCGGCAACGCUAACCUACCUUGAACCCGAACUACCACCACCGGAGAUAACACUAAAUGUGUCGUUAGCAAUAACCGCCACCGUUGACAACAGAAACUACGGCGUCUUCAAGUAUGAAAACAGCACUGCUUACAUCAACUAUCACAAGGAGGUAAUCGCAGCGGCUCCGAUCUUAGAAGGCCGGAUUAGUGCUCGUAGCAAACAAAACAUUACUACAACGGUUGAUGUCCUUUUGGCAACGGUCAAUGAGUUAUCGAAUCCAGUUAAUAUCUGGAUUGAUUACAACAACGGGGUCUUCAACCUCACUUCAUCGACAACAAUGCAUGGGAAGGUGAGCCCGUUAAACAUGAUCAAGAUAUAUAAAAGCCACCAGUCUUUGCACAUGUGACAUCUCCAUCUUUAUUAAUGAAUUUCAACAUCAAAU